ACUGUUGGACGGCUAAUCGUAAAUAUAAGUCUCCUAAUGCAAGGAUUAGAAGAUCGUUUGAUUUAGCAUUUCUACGGAAUGAAAACUUCUCGCGAAAAUAGGCUAGGAACAUGCUUAUAAAUUGAUACCAGAUCUAAUUUAUGAUGUCACCUAACCUAUUCUCCUGUCAGACACCUGCGUCUAUCACUAGUUUACUGGGAUAUUAGACAGAGGAACGCAAAUAUGGUGUGUGGAGGUGACUAAUGUGAUAUACCCGACUUCUGUAAGCCUACUACAAGGAAAAGCCAUCUUGAGAAGUACAGAUCACACAAGGCAUGCUACUUUGAAGUGAAAAACAAUGUCGCUAGAACGUUUGUCUGACAGUUCUAAAAUCGAUAGGUCUAAAUUGCCUCUGACCCGAAGAAAGUGCUCGUUGACCUGCGAAAAUGAAGAUGUGUUGUUAUCGAAAGGACCGACUCCUGAUUCGGGAUGUUUUGAUGGCGUUGAUGACUUAGAUACUGAAUGUUUAGAUAAAACUGGUCCCGAAUUGGAAACUUUACAAUCCGAUGAGCAAAUGAGACACAUCGCCAAAGCAAUUGAGGCAAUAUCCUUAGAAAGCAUCACAAGUGGGAUAUCUUCGGGGUCGUGUGCGUCCGAAGACAGACUUGAUCUUUUAAGGUGUGUUUCAUCCAUAUCCAAUUUAUGCUCACGACCCCCAGCGGACACCUCAUGCCAUAGCAAGAGGAGAGCGAGGUCUUCCUUGAACAGAAAAUCAGAGGAAAGUAAUGAAUUGUUUAACAAGAAGAAAUGUAGUUUUACGUGUGAUUUGCUUCCUGGAUUGAGAAAUUUUCGCGAUCAGCAUAGGCGUAAGUCAAUGACUGCUGUUUCAAUUGAAGAUGAAACAAAGUGUGAUGAUUCAUUUAAAAAUGUGAGUAAUUCUUGUAACGCAAAGUAUAGUCUAUCACGACAGCAAAGUGUAACAACGACGAAUGAAGAUAACGAUGGCUUAAAAAAAUGUUCUUCGAACAAAGAAUUACGAAGAACAGAUUCCAAGUAUGACCCUACCCUUGAGAAGUCUAAGACUUUUCUUCACGGGCAAGGUAAAACGUUCAGCAGGGCCAACGAAUAUCUAACGCCUGCUCGACCAGGGUUACAAAAGCUUCAAGUGAGUUACACACAAACUAAUACCGAGAACAAUUACAGGAAAAUAUUUUUCGACUUAGUCAAGACAGCACACAGACAAAACAUUAUUGUAUCAGAAACAGUUAGGAAUCUGGAGCGUAGGCUGUUCUUCAGAAGGAGUGACCCGCACCGAGCAACUUCCUACUUCGAAAACAAGGGUCUACGUGAUCCCUCUAGGCAUUACAGGAAGAAAAUGGCAAGAACAACUGCGGAUAAAAUCAAUGAGAGGAAAGAGAAAAUUAAACAGACUUCAGAUGAGAUUAAGAUAGGUUACAUUCCAAGGGAACAGACGAUUGUACUACCUGGUCCGGAAGACAUAGAUAAGUUACGAAAUGAUUGUAGAUAUUUAAGAGUUCAUCCGAAAUUGACAGAUACAUGAUAUGAAGUAUUUGAGGACCAGAAUUUUAUCUGGUUGAAGUAUCAAAGUCUGCUUGUCGAUAUAUUGAUACAAUAUUUGAUGCAUUAUUCAAAUUCUUACGCUUAUUAGUGUUUAAUACAUAUUGUUCUUCCCAAUUUAUAAUUAAUAUAACUUCACAAACUCUUCAUUUUAAACGUGUUUGCAUGAUGAGGUAUCUAUAUUAAAUUCCCUUUAUGGAAUACUAUUAUGACUUACCAUUGUUAUCGGAUAAUGAAUAAUUUGUAAUUAAAUGUUAACAAUAACCAUAUUCAUACAUGUACAACGGGUUGGUCGCUUUUUGUAUUAUAAGAACACUUCAUUUAGAUGCGGGGGUGAUAUUCUAUAUAACUGAAGAAUCACGGGAUUACGUAUGAAACCAAUUUUACAGUAUGUUAAGUUUUCACAAGCGUGAAAAAAUAAUACACUACACAAUUUAAUCAUUACAUGUGUCAAAAAUAAGAUCAAGUUUAAACUUACUAUGGGCGUUAUAUGUUACAGAUUCUAUUGAUAUAUACAUCUGUUAAAAGUCUGUCGAUAUGAGAGGUAAAUCUAUACUUUUCUUCACAGUCUCUUUAUGAUCCUAGGCGUCCGUCCAUGUAUGAUUACGAUCAUGUGAUAACGUGUUGCGUUUACAUAGUUAUGAAACCCAUUCGGCGAAAGACUCCAUACUGAGUUGAAUGACAAAAUUUAUUUUCGAAAUUGAUACUGUCUCUCAUAUAUAACAAUGUAUUAUCGUUCACACGAAUGAUAUAUCUUGCUUAAGAAUCUAAGUUUAUUUAUAUUCCGUUUAAAAUUUAUGAACUGAUCAGAGAUGUAAACUUCGUAUCAGAGUUUUAGCGACAUGAACCUAAUCAAACUUUGAACAAAGUGGUUCUGGAUAUGGCUGUAUUUACUCAAUCCAUUCACCUACUGAGACAUUAUCAGAAAACUGCGAGUAUUCCCAUGUAGUUUUACUAUUUGUGCUCUUGACCCUCUUGAAUAAUGCUUGAAUUGUUUCUCAAGAAAAGUACGUGAGUGAUUCGUCGGAAGGAAUCAACCACACAGGGGGCCGGUAUCUGGUAUGUGUGUUUGGUAUUGGGUGGCAUAUCGACCCCCACAAGGAUGUUUAUGAUAUCUUAUGUAUACCAAUCAGUAAUGGAGAAAUGCUUUGUGUAUCAUAAUAAUCUGAUUUACGACCAACUUUAAAUGGACAGUCUGUUACCUCACUUUUAUCCAGGUUAUAUGGAAAAAAUAAACAACUAAAAAACGUAGAUAUUAUUAAAUGUAUAUAGUUAAACACUGAAAUCUACGGGCAUUAUUGAUCAAAACCGUUUCGUUUUUUACCUCAACAGUAAACGUUAUCGUUACUCAAUAUUGUGUGUGCGCAUCAGUGUCAUAUCUCAUGUAAAUAAAAACCGCUAAAGAUACGAGAGAGGUCACCAAGCUAAAAACAAACCUAAAGCUUUAUUCGAUAUCAAACAAAAUUAAUAUGAUAUAUACAAUUGAUCUUUUAGGCAUCUUAGUAUUGUUUCCCCUCCAUUUGUCGCUUUCAAGCAUUGAACAAUUUAAAUGUAUCUUUUAAAGUGUAAAUAUUAAUUAUUUUUGUUGUGUUUAUAAUGGUUCAGCACCAAUCACAUCAUUCUUCCUCCAGCUGAAUUUCUACCAUAUCUAUUUUACACUUGUUUAAAAGGGUUCAAUAUCGAAUACAUUUUCCCUCCCAUGUGUUUAUCGAGGAAUGUAUGACUUGUAUGUAACAUUUAAGAACCCUGAUUAUAUCAAUAGAGAUAUAUGCAUGAAUAUAUGAUAUCAUUAUCAUUCAAUGGAACCAGUCAUUUUUUUAUGGCGAUGUCAAAAGUUUAUUAUGACAUUUUUUAUGUUUUGAAAAUGAUAUUGAAUACCUCUAAAUGUGCUGCAUGGUGAAGUCUGCUCGACUCAAUUAACAUCGAAGGAAAUAGAUAUUUUUAAAAUCAUUUUUAUUGUAACAUAAUUUCACAAUCAUAAAAUGGUAAUACAAAUCUAAUGUUCGUAGAGUACUUAAUCAACUUUUUUAUUACUUAUCACAGUGUUUUUUUAGUUUUUUUUUUCACGUAAUAGAACCACAAAGAUUUGCAGUUAAAAUGUUCUUGACGUAAAGUAUAACAAUACAAAUUACAGUUAAAAAGUACGUCAGAACCGAUUGGCAAGGAUGAACAUCAAAAUUGAUACGAAAACUGAAGGUGAACAAUAAAGACAAUACUAAACAUCUUACACAUGCGUUACAAAUCUUAUACAGAUAAUGUUCUCAACCCAGACUGAAAACAUUUUUUAUUGACAAUGAAAACGAGGCUGUAAAAACGAUGUUGUUCCUUUCAUACUUCAAAGUAAGAGAAAAAAUGAAGGCGUUGGUCAUUCUUAGAUGGUGGUUAUUCACGAAAAUAGCAUCGUUAUAAUUUGACUAUAUGAAUCUUAAGCCAUGAUGAUUUCACAUCAUCGUAUGGCAAAUAAAUCCAUACCCUGGUGAAAUAUUCGUUCUUCAAAUUCGACAGAAAUGCCAACCCGAACAAAUGAACUCGCGAACAAUACCACAUUUAAAUGUGUACACUCUCUUUUAGCAGAGUUGUGUGAAGUUUCGUGAUGGCUGUACUUUUCAGUUGGUUGUUGAAAUAUAAUUCACUGUACAUGUAAUACUUGUUUGAUUAUUCCAUAAAAACGUACCAGAUCAAUGAUAAAAACGAUUUGGAGGUAAUAUAAUGUCAUUCCUUUCAAAUUACAUGUAUCUGCUUCAAACACGGAAUACUAAAUUGUGGUUUGUUGCCACAUGCUGUCAUAUAUACCACGCAUCUUUACUUCAUAUUAUGUUUGACUUUCUUAUGUCAAACCAGUUCUAAAAUACCAAAUUAAUGGAAACUCAUUUUUAACAGAAGAAAGUCCAAUUUGUUUUAUAUCAGGAUAUUUGUUGUCUGUGUUAACGAUGAAGAUUAAUCAAGUUUCUUGUUGAAACAACAAAGAAUACUGACAUUUAAACGGAAUUCUAUUCUUGCCCAAAAUUGACAAGCGAGGACAAAAUAAACAGAAAAUAUAUAUUUGCAUGGAGCCAGUUCAAAACGGUCAAGGCGAACAAGACCAUGUGUUUUCUGUAAGGUAAGCGUCUUCUGCUUCAUCGUCGACACGCGCCAUGAAAAUCUAAGUUUAAAAUCCGAGAUAAGUAAUAUUCUUAUUAACGUCACUGCCAGAUUCAAAACUGAAGUUUUGAUCAAACAAUAUAACUUAUGAAUAAUUGUUUGGAAGAACAUGUUGGAAAACCAUAUAUUAAAAUGCUAUAUAAGAAGUAUGUAGGAGAAUCAUCUAUAUAAUCAUUUGAUAUACCAAGCGUUUGAGUAGAGAUCUAGAAAUGUACUUGGUCACUAAGAUUACUCGAGAGAAUGUGUCUUUAUAUGUAAAAUUAUUGCCAAAUAAGCUGUUGUCGCUAGCAGUAAACAUAUUUACUGAAACGAUAUUGUUUGAAUUUUUUUAGCCAGUUCAAUUCUAAUGAUUUGAUAUUCUCUGCCAGUAAUAUUAUAAUGCAGCCAACAUAGAUAUCAACUCCAUACAAUGACACCUCCUGAUAUUUCAACAAUGGCAUAUUUCAAAUGAUUUUGCUCAAUUUGCACAAGUAAUGUGUACAAGGACAUCUCUAUACAAUAUGUCAGGAAUAUUUGUCCAAAUUGAUUAAUUGGUGAAAUGGGAGUGAGUUACUACCGAGUCACCCGACCAUCCUUGUUUU